AUGCAAGUUGCGCCAAAGAAUUGGGAGAGCAAUGAAUCUCCUGGAAAAAGAAAUUAAAAGCUUUCACUAACGUAAAAGCAAAAGUCUUUAACUUAAUCAGUACCUCAACUAUCAAAAACACUAAAGUUGCCAGGUAUCGUAUCACCAGCAGCAAACGAGUCCUUAGUAAGUAGCACAAAGACUUAAGCAAUAUAGCCAUCAAGAUAUGGAUUGAAAGAAAAACUAAAACCAAUAGAAUAUAAACCUUUAAAAGUUUUAGGGGAUUUAGAAAACAAGGUGGAAGGAAUAGAUAUCAUUUUUAAAAAAUAAGAUCCAACAAAUGAAAGUUUGCAAAGAAGGAUUCAUCAAUAUACUUAAUCUAUUGAACCUAUGAUGAUGAGAAUAAAAUAACCUAAUGAAUUUAAAUUAAAACCUCUUAGGAGAGUAGAGAGUGAUUUUUAAAUGUUUAAAGAUAUAUUUGUAUAGCCUUAAUAGUAGAGAUUGAACCAAUUAAAUUAAAAUGCAGAAGAUAAAGAAGAAAAUGAUGAUUUAAAAUUUGCAGACUCUGCCGAAAAAUUUUUCCAUAACUCAAAAAACGAAGCAUCAUAAUUGUAACUUUCAAAAAACUAGAGCUCUACUUAAUCGCAAUAUAUUUCCAAAGCAAAUUAAGAUAAAAAAAAUGUUAUUAAAUUUAAUUAAUCCGAAGUAUACUCGCUUUUAAAUAAUUCUAUUAACCUAAACUAAUCAUUGAAAGAAGAUCUAUUGAUUAAAUAGGGAGCAACUUCCCCCAAAAAAAAUAAAAAAAUGGAACAAAGUAUUUAAUUUAAUAUUAAUAUGCUAGAGUAAUCUUUGAAUAUGGAUACAAGUAGUGAAACUUAAAAGCAAUUCUUUGAUUAGCUCAUAUAAGUAUAGCCUCCAGAUUUACCUAACUCUACAGUAGCAUCUCCGAUAUCCCCUGGAAAUGGAUAUGCCCCAGCAGUUCCUUUGGUAACUAACUUUGAUGAGACUAGUAAGCACAUGUUAAAGGAUUUGCUUGUUAGAGCUAAAGCAGGCUAGUAAGCAGGAGAUGUUUAAAAAGAAGCUCAUUUAAGCUUUUAUCUUGGUAUGGUUUAUGACAAUCAAAAAAAAUAUUAAGAAGCUGCUAAACAUUAUAAAAAAUUUUACACUUGUGCUAGACUUAUGGAAGAUAAAAUUGGUAUGGCUCUUGGAGCAAAUAGAAUAGGAUGUGAUUAUUUUCAUUUAGGAGAAUAUGAUAAAAGUAUAGAGUAUCACUAGAUUAAUGUACAAUAUUCAGAUGUAGAGAAUUCUUUUGCAGGAUUUUACAACUUAGGAAUAUCCCAAAGAAAAAAUGGAAGCCAUCUUGAAGCUAUAUAAAAUUUUAAAACUUGUUUAAAAUGGGCAAGAGAGAGAGAUGAACUAGAGUCAGAGUGUUUAUCAUUAGGAUAGCUUGCAGUUGCUUAUAAAGAAGUAGGAUAGACUGAAGAUGCUUUAUUCAAUUUUACAGAUUGCUACGAGAUUAGCAAAAAGUUGAAAAAAGUAAAACUUUAACUUGACUGUUUAUUGCACAUAACUAAAUUACUAUCAUUAACUGCUAUGAAAAAUUCAGAUAAUUCUAUUAAGGUUCUAAGAGAUGCAGUAGAGUGUGCUAAACUUCUAGACGAUAAAAAAACUGCUGCACUAUGCCUUUGCAAUUUAGGUGUUAUGGAGGGAUAGAAAUUAUAUGAAACGUAUGUCGAAGAAUUUAGAAUUUCACCCUCAAUUGAAGAUUGGGAAGAUGAUGAGAACGAAGAAAAUGGGAUUGAUGGUUAAUAAAAGUAACUUUAAAAUUAUGAAUAAAUGCUUCAAAGCUAAGUAAAUCAGUAUUAUGAUGUAGAAUAUUCUCUUGAGCAUUAAUGA